CACAAAGGACGGGAUCUCUUUUUCUUUUGGCCUCCAUGACCGAUAUUACGACCAAGAGCGAGAAGAGUCAAGAUUCGAUUCCGCCAGAGCGAGCAUCACAUCAAAAUCCGAAGUUCACAGCGCCAGAAGAUACUCAACUUUCCGACUGGACAACAAACCGUGUCGAGCUCUGGUCGUAUUAUCUCUACUAUGUUGGCAACAAUGGUCUUGCAGGAUUCAACUUUGGCCCUUCCCAGUUCCAGAACUUGCUGAGCUUGGCAGGCUACGAUCCAAGUGCACCCCCAUUCACUCUUCCUUGUGGAGAUGGCCAAUGUGUCCUCCCUUUCCUCGGUGCUGUUCGCAAUAUUAAUUCGAUCGUUCUAUUGACGAACGGAAUCAGCUUCGCCGUACAAGCAGCGUUACUCUUGUUUAUAGGAGCAUGGGCGGACUACGGUCGAUGGAGACCCAAUAUCACGAUCUUCUUCACAUUUUUGGCGGUUGGCGUCGCGUUUGCAUGGCUGGGUGUCGCUGACCCUUCACGGUGGCGAGCUGGGGUAGCCCUCUACAUCUUAGGACUCAUAACCUAUCAGUGUUCACUCACUUUCUGGACCGCUGCGUUUCCCGGACUAGCCCGCGAUCUACCAGAAAUCAAAGAGUCCUUAAUUGAAGUGAAAGACGGAAAGAAAAGCCUGAAGGCUCAUGUAACGAUGACCUCAAUCUCACGAAAUCGUAUCUCAAACAUAUCGUUCACUGUUUGCUCAAUCGGAGAAAUCGUGAUUCUCGCGAUUAUGGUUGGAAUUCUCAAAGGCGUCAAGUCUGACGAGAGCACCGAAAACAACACAAAGGCGUUCAGCGUGUUGAUUGCAUUCGCUGGAGGAGUUUGGCUCCUAUGUGCCAUCCCAUGGUUUAUACUCGAGAAGCGCCGACCAGGUCUACAACUACCUCCUGGUACGACGCUGCUCACCAUUGGAUUCAAACAGACGUAUGUUGCCUUCAGGGAGUGCCUAAGGCUCAAACAAACAUUCCUGUAUCUCGUUUUCUAUUUCUUAAUGGGCGACGUCUUAAAUACGACCGUAACUGUGAUUGGAACACUGCAGAAUAGUGUUGUGGCGUACUCAACUCUUCAGCUUACGCUGCUCCUCAUCGUCGGCAUUGCUGCUCAAGCUAUCGGAAUCUACGCAUUCUGGUUUGUUCAGAAAAAAUACAAGAUUCCUACGAAAUCCAUGCUCAUUUUCAAUGUAUUUUGGAUAAUCAUUCUAACAAUAUGGGGUCUCAUCGGUAUCCAUACGGAUAAGUUCGGAUUUAAACACAUAUGGGAAAUUUGGCUAUAUCAAGUCUUUUAUGGGCUCAUGGUUUGUCCUUGGUAUGCCUAUAGUCAGACCAUGAUUAGUGAGGUGUCACCGUUGCCGCAAAUGUUCCUGUUUUUUGCUUUGUUCUCUGUGGUUGGAAAAACAUCUGCUUUCAUCGGGCCUUUCGUAUCCUCUGCCAUCAUUACUGCUGCGGACAACAAUGACAAUAUGCCAUUCGCGUUCCUCUUUGGCCUGGGUGUAUUCAGUACAAUGUUCUUGUACAUGGUGAAUGUUGAAAAGAGUCGCGUUGAAUGCGAGGAUUUCAUAAGGGCAGAAGCGAAUCGUAAAGCCUUCCGAACUGGAACGGGAGGAGUGGUUGAUAGUGCGGUUACUGGAGAUUCAGAAUUGAAGAUGGCAGAGGCGUAGUAUCAUAGCACGCCUCGAACUUGCUUACUCACGCUAUUACUUAUUCAUCUGAAGAUUUCCAAGCCCUUCAAAUCAUAGGCGCGACGCGUUUUCCGACUCUUAUUGUCUUCAACUUGAUUCAUGGACAACUCCGAUCGAGCCAUCCGACUCCCUCUCUUCAUUUUAUCAAAGCCACAAAUGGGUAAUCGCUACUAUACCCACGAUGUUUCAGGCCGGGAAAAUUUUGAAUAUAGCUCCCAUCUCAAAACGAACGUUGGAGUCAUGGGCAGCUCAAUACGGGGUCUUACUUAUGAGCUAUUUCCAGCUCGGCGCUCUAGUGUGGAGCAAAAGAUGGACACGGUCACAAUACAAUUUCAGUGACCCAAUAAGAACGUCUAGGGGAGGAUGCGCGAAGCAGGAGAGUGGCGACGAGAAAUCUCUCCAGUGUUGGAUCCUCUUCAAGUUCGCGCCACCUUAGGACAUCGAUUAUGAAGACGAAAUUUUCGGGUUAAAAGCGAGCUGAGGGUAAUACGUAUGAAUCUUGUAUUGGGCGCUCGUCUCUCAUUCCGAGGAACAUGUCGAGUCUCCUGAUUUGAAGACAGAGGAAAGGGGAAUUGACGUGUCACGGUUAAGGGGCAGGAGCUGAGGAAGUCGUCUAGUGAGAAGAGCGUUGAAAGCGGCAUGUCCGUCAUCUGUGCGCGGAGGUUCGCUCACGUAUGUAUUCCGGUCGUAUGUCCCCGUUGGGCUGUUAUCGAAAAUACGAU